AGAAACUCAUAUCUGGACAACGAUUUGAAGGCAAAACCAAAGUCGUGAGAAUGGAUGUGACGAGUGAUGAAGAAGUGAAAGCAGUUUACGAACAAAUUCAGAAGGAUUUGACUCAAAAUGGGGAGCAGUUGUGGGCAGUGGUCAACAACGCCGGUAUCAUAACACUGGGACCACUCGACUGGGGAACAGUAGACACUUAUAAACGUAUUUUUGAAGUCAACACAUUUGGUAUGGUUAGGGUCUCCAGAACUUUCCUACCAUUGAUUAGACAAUCAAAAGGCCGUAUUGUGAAUCUGGUGUCAAUGGCCGGGCGGUUUACAGUCGAGAAUCUGGGCAUCUAUUCAAUGAGCAAACACGCGGCCAUCUCUUUCUCGGAUGGACUCCGACGUGAGACCCGGAAGUGGGGAAUCAAAGUGUCGACUAUAGAGCCCAUGGUUUAUAAGACACCAAUGGCUGGACCCGAUUACUUCACUCGGGAAGUAGAGAAACAGUGGAACGAGAGCUCAGACGAUGUGAGGCAACUGUACGGACAGGCAUACUAUGAAAACUAUAAGACUAGAAAAGACACACUGAAAUUGACUACGGCUGGAGAUAAUAUCUAUGAAGUGAUCGACAAAAUGGUUGACGCCAUCAGAAAUCCUGACCCGAAGAUCAGAUACGUGGCGAUCCCCGGAAAAAAUUUUCACAAAAUCGCUAUAUUUUUAGCACAACUCUUGCCAUUAGAAGUUUCUGACCAAAUGUUUGCCCACAAGACUACCGGAGCGCCCAAACCGGCAGGUUUACAGCAACUCGUAAAUGAAGAAUAGUCUCAUAAUUUUUGAUACAAAUAUUAAAAUUUUUAUUUCAAUUUUUACGAGUCGUUUAUAUUUUUCAAUCAACUAAAAGCCAAAUAUUGUAUUUUUAAUUUUGUAAUCAAAUGCAACUAG